UCGUCGUCGAAACCGAGCGACCGCGCGCACUGGAACGGCUCCACGGAGUUCAUCCUCGCCGCGGUCGGCGCCGCGGUCGGCCUCGGCAACCUCCUCCGCUUCCCGUACAUGGUCUUCAAGCACGGCGGCGCGCCGUUCCUGAUCCCGUACGCGCUCGCGGCGCUGUUCGUCGGCGUGCCCGUGCUCGGCGCGGAACUCAUGCUCGGGCACGCCAUGCAAAAGGGCAUCGUGGACUCCUUCGCGAUCAUGCACGCGCGCGCGUGGGGGAUCGGCGCGGCCGCGACCCUCGGCGGCUUCCUCCUCGCGUCCUACUACGGCGUCAUCAUCGCGUGGGUCUGGGUCUUCUUGCUCGCGUCCAUGACGUCGUCGCUGCCUUACGACGACGGGAAAGAGGAGACGUUUUUUUACGACGACGUCCUCGCGAGGCGCGACGACAUAUCGCGCGGGAUCGGGCCGUGCAAGUGGUGGCUCGUGAUCGCGCUGACGUUGACGUGGGCGACGUGCUACGCGUGCAUACGGAGCGGGGUGAAGAGCGCGGGGAAGGUGAUUUGGGUGACGCUGCCGCUGCCGUAUUUGCUCCUCUUUUUUUUGCUCGUCAAAGGGUUCACGCUCGACGGCGCCGGCGCGGGGUUGGAGUUUUACCUCUUCAAAUGGGACUGGAGCUCGUUAGGGAAAGGCGAGGCGUGGGUCGACGCGGUCGCGCAGAUAUUUUUCGGGCUCUCCAUCGCGUGUGGGAACAUGCCCGCGUACGGCAGCGGAUGCGCGAGAGAUAACAAGAUUGGACGAAACGCGUGGGUCAUCGCCGUCGCCAACGCGGCGACGAGCCUCUACGCCGGCUUCGUCGUCUUCACGUUCCUGGGGCACCUCGCGCACGUCGACGGCGUGAGCGUGAACGACGUCGCGCAGGGCGGGUGGGGGCUCGCGUUCGUGGUGUACCCCGCGGCGAUCGCGACGUUCGGCGACGGCGCCGCGCAGUUUUUCGCGUUUUGUUUCUUUCUCAUGUUGCUCUGCCUCGCGAUCGACUCGCUCUUCGCGCUCAUCGACGGCGUGAUCACCGCGUUUUGCGAUAGAUUUCCGAGGUGCGCGAAGCACCGCGAGCUCACCGCCGCGGUCGCGUGCGUCGCCGGGUUCUUCGCGGGGCUGCCGAUGACGACCGAGGGCGGGUACCAGGUCGUGGACGUCGUCGACGCGUACGUCUCGCGAUACGCGCUCGUCAUCGCGGGAUUGGCGGAGACGAUUUUUCUGGGGUGGGUCUACGGCGCGGAUCGUCUGCAGGACGAGUCUAAGGCCCUGUGCGGCGUCGGCGUCGGCGGGAGAUAUUUCGCGCCGACGCUGAAGUACGUCGUCCCGAGCGUGCUGAUCGUGAUGCUCGCGUAUAACCUCACGAGGGAAGGGGAGACGUACGGGGGGUAU